UUUUUUUUUAAACAGUGUUAUAGAUGAGGCCAGGCCUCUUAACCUACGAGCCUACUAGAAUCCAGAAACGACACGGAUGACUCCUAGGGAAAUACCCACGAAGCCAUGGCCGGUGUUCUAAGAGGCAUCCACCAUCUGGUGAGAUAUGCCUUCUGGGCAUAUCAGAAUGAAGACGGAGCCGAGUUUCGUAUGGGCGCAAUCGAUCUGCAUGGGCCUGUUGCCUUCCGAAAACUCCAAAUAGAGACUGCCUUCUGGAAAAACGCAGGGACGGCCAUCACUCCUAACACGCAUGUACACUUGGGUGCCUGCAAUGGCGACACUCUAGUCCUCGCAUUUAGAGGAACCGAUCUGCCGAUGCGAUUUGAGGAUGUCAACCUGAAGCGAUUAUGGGGUUUCUGGGGGAACCUUUGGACAGAUUUUUCCUUUGGCUUGACUACAAUUGACUGGCCCAAUGUGGAACUCCCGAACGUGAUUGUACACGAAGGCUUCUUGCUUCCUUUCAAUAAUCUUCUGAAGGACGAUAGGUUGCUAAACUGCAUCGACUAACUGGAGCGAAGCACACCAAACCAAAUUUUUAAAAAGACUGAAAUCUGU